AUGUCUACCAUGUUUUACUUCAUUUUCUUCAUCUUACUGUUGUCAACUUCAACUCAAUUUGCUGAUGCUCUGGCGUGCGCUAUUAGAUGUGAUUUCGACGGUCACAUUGACAAUGUCAUUUUCCCCUCGUGCACCGUUGUUAACAAGUCCAGUACUGAACAAAGUUGUCAAGGACGACUAACAAUCGAUUAUGAGUCUGGUGAAAUUAUCGGAGGUCUUCACCCUGCAACACCUCCAAGAUCUUUCCAUUUCGACACGGAGACUGCAUUCCUACUAUCGGAUGAAGGAACAAGACUAAUAAUCGAAUUUGAUUGCGUCACGUCAGACAACUGUGAUCAAGAAUUCCUUAAAGAAAUUCUACACGGUAAUUGGCGUGCUACCCAGGAUCAAGCAAAGAAUCUGAGAAAUAUUCUCGCGAGUAUACUCUUUAAUUCAAGUGACCUCCGGCCCAAUGAUACGUGUCCAGCUAAUCAAACAUGCAAGGGUGAAGGAUUUUGUCAGGUAAUCUAUCAAGACUGGUCCGAUACUCCACGUCCCAUAUUUCAAAGUACAUGCACAAAUCCAACAGAAAGUCCAGUCCUCACCUGGCGUCAAGCAUAUGACCAAUCGAAGACAGGUCAAAUUAUGCUCUACACUUGCAAUGAGCCUUUAUGCGGCUCACUAUCCUCAGCCGAAGAUGUGAUUCGUCUGCUACAACGUUCUUACGACUUACCCUUCAAUGUCACAAUUCCAUCGAUAACCAGUACCACAACAACGUCAACAACGUCAACAACGCCAGUAAUGACAACAACAUCAACAGGAUCGACUACACGAAAGAAUAUCGCUAUAUCUAUUCAUAUCGCUAAGACUGAAAAGAUUGUAUUCGCAUUCUUAUUCCUUGUCUUGUUCUACCUAUUUUGA